AGAGAUUUAUGAUAUUUAUUCUCUUAUGCUAGAAUAAUAAGCCUCAAGUUUCAAUGGUGCAUCUUUGUUUUAUAAGCCUACCUACGGUACCCUAAACACCAGACCCACUCUUGCUGUCGUACCACCCACCUAGCCGGACGGGACGUAAGCCAAACGGCCAAUAAGCGUUGCCCUAAAACCAAUCACACUAAUCAAGCUCCCCUGCUCUUUUCCUAAAGCAGACUAGAAUGACGUCGUCCCGAGAUAUAGGACGAGCUCGAGAGCAUUCGGUGAGCUUAGCCUUCUCUAUUUCGACAGUUUCGACCCGCAGCCUUAAAUAGAUUCUUUCCCCCCUCUUCUCUAGCUUGUAUUUUGGUCUCUAUCGAUUUCCUCAGACGAAAACAACACCAUCUACACGAACUACAAGUCAUCAACUCCAAGAACUUAUACCAACAGCUUAACCCGCAAUCAUGGCCGAAGUAUGCCCCGUCGUUGGAACCACAAACCACACUCUACCGCCCUCGCACCCGGAUAUCGACCUCUCUAAGCCAGGCCAGACAUGCCCAGUCGUCGGUGCUAAGACAGAGCACCACACAAAACUGCACCAACACCCGUCCGUCCCCAGCGGCGAGAUCUCCGCAACCACUCAGUCUGUCGGCUCGGCCGACGCCCAGGCCUGUCCCGCACUGAGAAGCGUUGUCAACGAGACCAAGAGCAAGGAGAUGGACGACCGCGUAUGUCCCGUCGUCGGACCCGUAACCACAGUCCUACCUCCGGACCACCCUAGUACAGCUAAUAAGGCCGACGGAGACGUGUGUCCAGUGACGAAAGCCAAGGUCGGCCACCACAAGGACAAGGUUGUCGUCCAUCCCCAGGUUGAAGGAUCCUCGGGUGUCUGCCCCGUGACGGGAGCGAAACAGACGUGAACCCUGAGAGAUUGAUGGAUGGAUCUGUACUAUCUAGUCUCGAUACGGCGUUUUUUGGUUAGGAUAAUAGGAAUACGGUCUUCUUGUACGCUAUGUGUUUACCGACGAUAGGCUGUCUUACUGGUUACGCCGACUGUAACAUGACUGUAACGUGUGAUGAGCUAUUCCUGUAUGAGUAUAAAAUAAGUGAACAGGCAAAGUAUAUAUUCCGUAUAAGGUUAUAAGUUUGUCUCAUAACUCAUUCCGUGGUCAUGUUUUCGUAGUGAGCGACGCUUAAAGGGAAGUGUCCGAGUGCGUUCACUUCAUCAGGACAAAGAGUAUAAUUGUGGAUGUUGUAGAUUGUUAGAGAGCAUUAGAUUUCAUAUAAACUACCGCUGUUAUUUCACAAUCCUAUCAGGACAAGCGC